AUGUCUCGGUUGGAACCCGCAUUUCGCCCUUUUCUUGUUCUCUCCUCUCACUGGACUUUCUUUCUCCACUACCCAACAAAUCCAUCAUCAUCACCCAUCUUCUCCCCCCACCCAUUGUGUUCGCCAAGUAAGUCGCCCGACGACAUCUCUACCCGACUCUGUCGCGCGCGUUGCCUCUGUCCUCUUCACCUACGGGACAUAGGCGCUUUCUCAAAGACAGGUGGUCCUUGUCUGCCAAGACACCUAGACACCACUCCUUUAUUUUUCGCCGCGCGACGUUUCUACGUAAACCACGAACAAUAA